AAAAAACGCAAAAGCCAAAACGCAAAAGCCAAAACGCAAAAGCCAAAACGCAAAAGCCAAAACGCAAGCCGCACCACACAAGCCGCCCUCGCUUUCCUGCUCCUCAGGCGCCAUGCCCGCCUCCCCUCCACAGGCGCAGCACUCAAGCCACCCGCCGCACAACACCCAAGCUGCCGCACAACACUCAAGCUGCGCACAACACUCAAGCUGCGCACAACACUCAGGCUGCCGCACAUCACUUAGACUGCCGCACACAGUGCGCUUUAACACGCAGCUGCGCACAAGAUGAAGCUUCUUCCGCAUGCUCGCCUCUUUUGCCUUUUCGAUGCACACGUCGCAAAACGCGCGCACGCACGCGCCGCAACAGACAUACAUGUUGCAACACAGACGUCUUCACUUCACGUCAAAAGCAUCUUUUUCCACACGAGCCACGACUACAUGGCGGUGGUCCACAUGGAUACCAUUCAAGGAAGGGGAUUUGGCUGGGUUGGAGGAGUGGUGUUUAUGGCAGCGUACACGAAGAAGUUGCAGUUGUCUUGGAUGAUGGUUUUGGUGGUGUUCAUGCUGAUGGCGAGAAUGAUGGCGCUGGAGGAGCAUGCUGAGCGUAUGUUGGUGGCCGGUUUAAGUUCUGGGUUGAUGAUGUGCAAUGUAACGGGCUUCUGUAUAUAUCUAUGGUUGCAUGUAUAUAUACAAGUACGAGUGCUUGCCGCGAUCGCAUACGUUUGUAGAACUCUGCCUCUGCGUUCCAAAGUCAAAAGGUGCAUCGACUUCAUUUGUAUGUGUCUCGACUUGGGAUCGCUGGCACGCUAAUCCAUGUUGGGCCUAACACCUUCACUCAUUUCCCCGUUGUAUAUAGGCGCUCUCUUUCAUAGCUCUGAUACAACCAUGAUUCUUCC